GUGCUCACAACAGAUAUGGCGGAAGAAUGAAAUCAAAAUUGACACAGAUCGUUACACAGCCGGGAUGUUAACUACAAGUGGAAAGUGAAAGUAAACGAUUCAAGCUAACAUGUGAUGUCGUUGAAAAGUUACAAAUUGUUAUAUCACUUAAGAAGAUUUAGCUGGUAAUACAAUAGCAUGGAGAAAGUAGAAGAUUCGCCGUCUGAUGAUAUGUCAUGUGAUAGAAAAGAGAAUCCAACGAAAAAAAGACGAAUUCACAUGGAAGUACAAGACUGUUUUGCACAUGCCCAAACGAAAGAGGGCAUGCAACCUUUAUCAAAUCCCUUUGAAUCUCAAAUCACAUCUUUAGCGCAGCCAAAACCUUACUUAAAUCCAAGGACUCCUCGGCUAAAAUCAUCACAGGGUGGACAAAGUCAAAGAAAAGCUUCUGCAACAUUGCCAUCGCCACAAAAUGACUCGCCAUCUUUUGGAGCCAAACUGAUUGAUGCUUACCAUAACAAAACGCCAGGUGGUUUUGGAAGUGCAGCUCUUCUCUGUGGAAAUAGUAUUCUACCAGAAUUUGCAGAUUUACAGGAAAACUGUAUUUCAACAAAUCAAGAUGAUACUAGUACGCCACAUACAGAUGCAUAUGUUACAACUGUACCUGUGCCAAUGGAAGGCAGUGACAAUAGUACAGCCUUUACUGUAAUUAACUGUCAUGAUUUCAGACUGAAAAAUAAUCAAGAAUCUAGGAGUACAGUAGGAUCUAGCAAUGAUAUUAGUAAUUCCAAUAAUAGAAUGACAUCAAGUAACAAAACAUUGAAGUUAAAUUCUAGUCUAAGGAAUUCACAUAGGAACACUCCCUCAAAACAUAACAGACAACAGAAUCUACCAAAUCAACAGAAAUUGACCAAUUUCUUUGUAAGUUCUCCAGGUAGUCAAAAAAGCAGUCAGGAUGAUGCCUAUGUUUACGGUACAACUGUCUCAAGUUACACACCUGUUAAGAAGAUUGAAGGAUCCUCUGUUAUGUUCACUAGUGACAAUGAAAGCCCUAACUUUCGCUCCUGUCAGAAAUCAUCACCAGCCAGCUGCAGUUCGGGGUAUUCCCCUACAAAGUGUUCACUAAAAGAGUACAAAGAAAAUGCGGCUGUCAAGAAGCUAUUUGCAGGACAAAAAACCCUUGUUGACAAUCCCACCCUGAAACCUGGAAAGUCGUUAUCAGGAAGUUCUGGUUCUAAUAGGUUCAAUUCACCCAAAAAGAGUGUAUACUUAAAAAAGGAACCUAAAACUGACCAGCUUAUACGGAUGGGGGUUGAAUCUAUUUCAUCCUCAGAUGAUGAAUGUAUGUCGCAAGCCCUUGACUCUGCCACAACAAACACAUUUGGACUUCUGGGAAAUGGAACAGUGUGUAAGAUGGCGGAAGAGAAGAUAGAUUAUUUCAGUAGAUUGCCCCCUGAAGUGAUGCAGCAUAUCUUUUGUCAUUUACCAAUGUUAGACUUGUGCCUAAAUAGCAACAGAGUGUGUAAGCGCUGGAACGAGAUCAUCUCAUCAGAAAAGUUUAUGCCAUGGAAGAAACGUUACCACAAGCUAAAGAAGAAUGUGGAGGGUUCCACGGAUGAAAUGAUGAUCGUUCUGAAGACAAACAACAUGAGGUCUCCUUCAGUGUUCUUGACCCAAAUUAUCAGUUACAUGAGGGACAUCAAGCCAGUGACGUCCAGUAACAUGACCCAGUGUCUACAGUCUCUCCCCAAGUACCAGUGGGCCCGGGCACUUCUAGAGGAAAGGGUGCCACAGUGCAUAGUCAGCAAGGAAGCUAAUCCAUGGAGUAUAAUCACAUGUUUGGUGAUCCUGGCAGAUUCUGUACUGGAAAUACAAGAGGUCCUCCACAGUCUGACAUCUCCCACGUCUGACUGUACGACACAGGAAGUGCUGGAGUGUCUCUACCGCCUCGCAGCAUUUCUCCAUAUCUUCAAAAAAAAAUGGCCUAAAGGGCCCUUCAGUGGAAUUCAUUACCGGCUGUUCUAUGCACUGUACUUGUAUGAGAAUGCAUCAGCUGCCACUCUGGGGGAUCUGAAAGGGACUCUCAGUGGGAGAUCUGGCCAGCAGUGUAUGGUCAAGUAUGGCUGUGCAGAGACUAGCAUGAAGCUGACCCAUGAACAGAUGAGAGUGGUAAAUCAUGAUUGUCAGCCAGAAGAAAUAGCCAAGAUUGUCGCUUUUGCAGGUACUGGGAAGACUACCACACUGGUGAGAUAUACCCAGCUGAGGCCGCAUAAAAGGUUCCUACUGGUGGUGUUCAACAAGUCUGUAUGUGAUCAUGCGAAGACGAAGUUCCCUCGGAAUGUUGAUUGUAGGACAGGCCAUGCUCUGGCAUUUGCCAAAGUUGGAUUUAGGUACAAAAACGCUGGGAAGUUCAGGGGAAAUGGUCCUACUGUAUACAGCAUCACACAGACCAUUCCAAACAAGAAGGGAGAUAACUUGUUUGUCCGCGCCAAGUUUGUCCUCGAUACCCUGAAUACUUACCUUUCCUCUGCUGAUCUUGUUCCUUCAGAAGAUCACGUACCAGACUUCAGGAUGGAUGAAGCUGGUAACAGGGUGCCCAUAGACCCUCAGAAGAGACAGAUGUAUGUUGAUGACACUUGUUAUCUGUGGAACCGCAUGAAGGAUCUGGAGGAUAAGUAUGUGCCAAUAUCACAUGAUGGCUACCUCAAACUUUACCAGCUGAGUCGCCCUCGUCUACACUGGAACUAUGACUGUAUCCUGAUAGAUGAGGCUCAGGACCUUACUCCAGCGAUAUCUGACAUCCUGCUCAGUCAAAUCACAUCAAAGAUCCUGGUUGGGGACCCACACCAGCAGAUCUAUUCCUUUCGGGGAGCGGUCAACUCUAUGCAGACUGUCCAGGCCUCCACAAUCUUCUACCUGACACAGUCAUUCAGGUUUGGUCCAGAGAUUGCUGAAAUAGCUGCUUGUUGUCUGGAAACAUUGAAAAAUGAAAAAAAGAAAACUCUGGUUGGAAAUGGCCAAACAUGUAAGGUACUAGGAGAACAGGUAGGCCAGCUGGCUGUACUGACCAGGUGUAACUUCACCCUGUUUAAUGAAGCUGUGAAGAGAUGUUGCCAUGAGAACACAGAUGAUAAGGUGGCUUUUGUUGGGGGCACCGAUGGGUUUGGUUUUGGGAUGAUAAUGGACAUCUACUGUCUUUUGUUGACUCCAGAACAAAGACAGAAAGAGAGAAGAGAGAUUGAACACAAACUGGUAAGGUCAUUCAGGAGCCUUCCUGAUCUUGAGAAAUACGCCAAUAAAACACAGGAUAAUGACCUCUUGGGAAAGAUAAAAAUUGUCCGCCAACAUCACCACAACCUCCCGGGUUACAUUGAUAAAAUCCUCAAGAAGACGAUCCGUGACACUCGAGUAGCAGAUGUGGUGCUGAGCACAGCACACAAGUCAAAAGGUCUGGAGUUCAGUACUGUACACCUGACGGAUGACUAUGUAGCCUACAUACAGCUACAGGAGUUAGAGCAACAGUUCCAGGGUACACCUUUACGUUUGCCAAGUGAGGAUGAGAGCAACCUGUUGUAUGUGGCAGUAACCCGGGCUAAGAAGGCCCUCAUCAUGUCGCCCACACUGAUGAAGCUGAUCCAGAGGUCAGGGUGUUCCUUUGAGUAUCCUGUGCUUAGCACAACUUUGAAAGAGAAGAAAGUGACAUUCACAUGUAUGAAAACUGGAGCUGAGUUUAAACCAUACGCUCUGACAUUACAGAGAAAGGACAUAAACUUGAGUAAUGGUACAACAGUGUCUGGGGGAGUUUACAGUCCAGGGGUUCUCAAGGUGGAAAACACUAUUUGGGACAGCCUCUUAGGUACCACUCCGGAGGACCGCAAGAAGGAGAAGGAAUAUGAGGAAUCGAGGAGGAACACAUGAACGGAAUCAAGGAGGAACACAUGAACGGAAUUGAGGAGGAAUACAUGAGCGGAAUUGAGGAGGAA